AUUAAAAAUAAUCAAAUCAAUAAUAAUAAAACAUUUUUUUCCCCAUUAUGAAGCCAUUUUCCAAAAUAAAACUUCCUGUCGUUGGGCGUGUCCUCCGAUGACGCGUUUUACGUCACAGACCCAAACCAAAACAUCAGUUGGCUGCACGACUCCAGCAACCUGUGGCUGUUCGCCACCGAGCAAACGGAUAUAAAAACUGCUGCUUUAUUAAUGUAACGCCAGUUUGAUAGACGUCAUCAGCUCUUCGCGGUCAAAGUGCUCAUCAAACAGCAGCUGCAGGUUUGUCCAUGUAGCGGUGAGACACUUUCUGUCCUGCCUGCUGGAUCUGAGCGUCAGGAUAGGGAAGCAAAGCGAGGAGGCAGCUGCCAGCGGUGCAGCGAGCCUGGUGGACAACAUGUCAGACAGUCCGGAGAAAAGCGCCUCGGUGUCGGCUCAGGAGCUGAAGGAGCAGGGAAACCGCCUGUUUCUGAACCGCAAGUACCUGGAGGCGGCUGCCUGCUACAGCAAAGCCAUAACCCACUGUCCCUCCGUCCCGGCGUACUACACCAACAGAGCGCUGUGCUACGUGAAGCUGCAGCAGUACGACAAAGCUCUGGCGGACUGCAGACACGCCCUGGAGCUGGACAGCCAAUCGGUGAAGGCUCACUUCUUCAUGGGCCAGUGUCACCUGGAGAUGGAGAACUACGACGAAGCCAUCGGCAACCUGCAGAAAGCUUAUAACCUGGCGAAAGAGCAGCGUCUGAACUUCGGCGACGACAUCCCCAGCGCUCUGCGGAUAGCGAAGAAGAAACGCUGGAGCAGCCUGGAGGAGAGGAGGAUCAACCAGGAGAGCGAGCUGCACGCCUACCUCACCAAGCUCAUCCUCGCUGAGAAGAAGAGGGAACUGGAGGGCUGCAGACAGAGACAAGACGACAAAUCUGGCGACGGCAGAAUUCAACACAAUCUGAACAAGCAUGACAAGUAUCUGUCGGACAUGGAGGAGCUGUUCUGUCAGGUGGACGAGAAGAGGAAGAAGCGUGAGAUCCCAGACUUCCUGUGUGGAAAGAUCAGCUUUGAGUUGAUGAGGGAGCCGUGCAUCACUCCCAGCGGAGUCACUUACGACCGGAAAGACAUCGAGGAGCAUCUGCAGCGAGUCGGACAUUUUGACCCGGUGACGCGCACGCCGCUGACCCAAGAUCAGUUGAUCCCCAACCUGGCCAUGAAGGAAGUCAUUGAUGCUUUUAUUUUGGAGAAUGGAUGGGUGGAGGACUACUGACCAAUGCGAUGGAAGGGAAUUUUAUUUUGAUAGUUCAUGCUCAGAGGGGCUGAUGCUCCGUCUUUGCUUUAAGUUUUAAGCUUUUAAUUUGUUUAAUGAUCAGCUGGAAAUUCACCGAACAGACAAACACGUUAUUUUACUGCUCUGUUAUUUUCUGAAUCAUUUCCUGGAGAGAAAUAUGUCAUUUUCCAUUAAUUAUUCCAGGGGAAAGAUCAUUUUCAGUUAGUUCAUCAGGCUCUAAUCAAAUCUAAUUCAAUAUUAAAGGUCCCGUAUAGUAUAAAGUGAGAUUUCCAUGAAGCACCUUGCAAAGAGUUACCCAGCUUUUAUAUAUGUGGCACUUUAUUUCAAAACAGAAACGACAAAAUGCUUAAAGGAAUAAGAAACAGAAGAAGGGAAUGGAAAACAAAAAAAAGAAAGAAAGAAAAAAAGUAAUAAAAUAAAGACCCAAAGAAGAAAAUAGAUUUUAAACGUUUAAACAGUAGAAACAGAGACGCAGCCUCGGCUCGUUUCUGUCUCGGCCCAUUGGUUCCAGUUUGCAGCUGUUUACUGGGACCAGUCCGAGCGCCGCACCACGAGCUGAACCUUCAUUCUUACAUUACAGUACGUGCUUGUGUCUGUGCUGUGCUCAUAUUUAUCUUAUUAAAUCUGUUUUCCCGCCUUUCCCACUGUUUUUUGGGGGAAUUACUGCAACAGCUGCAGACAGAUGUUCACUGACACUUUAACAGCUGAUUCAUCUACAAUGUCAGUUUGAUCCGCUGCUGUUACUACGGAAACCCGGAGAGACAAGUUAUUUUUUCAUUUUUUUUAUUAAGGUUUUUUUUUUUUUUUUUUUUAAAUGUGUUUGUUUUUGUAAUUCUCAUUUGAGCCACUAGAGGCUGAUGUGCCCCACUGCCCCGGUCCAAAAGAAAUCUCUUUUCUUCCCCAGGUGAUUUUUAAUUUCUCCAUGAACUCUAAACACAACGUACAUAUAUGUCAUAUGUAUCUUGUGUUAUUUAAAAUUACUGUCAUGUUUUUCUUUUGGAUAGAAAUGUAUUUUAAUUGACAAAGUCUUUCCGUAUGAAGAGUAUAAAGAGCUUUGAAGUCCAUGUAAUGAUGAGGUCACAGUGUGGACUUUCACCCAGGAGACGGGGGUUUGAAUCCUGUUUUAUUUACUCACUUAUUUAUUUUAUUAUUUUCUGAUAAUUAAAAAGAAAUCACUUGUCCUUCAGGGCUUCCGUAUAUUUGAUCCCUGUCAGAUCAAAGUAAUAGUACUGAUGAUCUGAGAAUCAACUGCUGACUACAAUCAGAUUACUCUCUUCAAUGAAUCAGAUUAGAUAUUAAAGCUGCUUCUCUGGUGUCUGAACAUUUCAAGUGUAAAUGUUGUGUUUGCUGGCAAACUGAAAAAUUGGAAACUGUGACGUCCUGUCAGAGAGUGUGUGUCUGGAUGAAGUCAGUCGGUGGAAGGAACUGUUUUUGUUUUCUACACUGAUGUUACUUAAAGACUCUUUUCUUUUUUAAUAAGCAGACUGACGCUAAAACUACAUUUGUGAUUUUUUUUACUUACUUUUCUUGAUUGUGAAAUCUUUUUUUAAUUGCUUGUUUUCAGGACUUUGUGUAGCUUUGUGUAUCUGUCAUCUUGUAUCAGUGUCACAUACUGGAAACUGAAAUCAAACUGAAGCCUGAUAAUGUGUUUUCAUGUAUUUUAGCCAUUAAACCGGCUGUUGAAACGUU